GUGUGAUGGGUGACUGACAAUGUGAUCUGCGCAUGCUCAUCUGGGGGACCGAUGCUUAAAUUCCGUAUAAAGUGACAGCGGGAAGUUGGGCAGCUUGCCAUCAUUUCUGAUGCCGAACCAACAGGAGUCUUUGAGUUUUCCUGUCUUGAAAGUUGAUAUUGAAACACUUCUGGGCCGUUUCCAGGAAGUAGAUAGUGUGCGCUUCGAAGAUUUCUCAGAAAUAUGGAGGGAUAUGAAAUUUUCAACCAUUUUUUACGGCGGGAUGAGAAGUGUGGAGAUGAACCGGUUCACCCGAGAAGCUCUGAGCGUCGCCUGCUUUUACUUCUUGCCGCCAUAUACCUUUCAGAUUCGUGUGGGUGCUCUUUACCUCCUUUAUGGACUGUACAGUACACAGCUUUGCCAACCCAAACAAAAGAUACGAAUUGCAUUAAAGGAUUGGACUGAAGUAGAAGCAUUUCAUCGGGAUCUACUCAGCGCUCAGCAUUUUGAUGCAGCAUAUAUAUUCCGCCAGAUGCGCCUGUGCCGGGCUUUCCACUUCACCGCAAUGCCUGUGCACCUGACUUUCAGAACGCAGCGAUAUAUUCCAUACAAUAUCGGUAAAGAAGAGUUUAAGGAUGUGCGGGAUAGGGUGGCUGACCUGAUUACAUCUGAUUCGCUAGAGGAAAUCCUGAAUAUUCAUGAGCAUUAUCAACGGACCAAAUGCUUGAUGUCUGCCGACAAGUCCCAGCCUCCUAAAGCGCUCAGUUUGGUAAAAGAAGAAUUUGUUGGAAAUCUCGAGGCUGUUGUAACAGAACAUCAGCAGUGGAAACAAGAAAAGAACAAGCCGAGGACAAAACAUGAUGAAGAAUUAUCUUCUCAAGCUUCUCAAGAAUCAGAAGGUUCAGAAAGAGCAAAAGCACUGGCUAGAAUAAAAUCCAAAUCUUACUCUACAGUUUUUCAGGCCCCCAAAUCUCGGAGACACCGGCAGGUUCAUUUAGAGUCGUCAGAAUCAGGAUCAGAUCAUGGGAAUAGGAAAAGGGCAAGAAAAAAAAGGCCCAGAAAGAAGCCCACUGGCAGGGCACACUCAACACAAUCUAAGGAUAGAGAAGAAACGUCCUCGUCUAGAAGUCUGAGUAUGCCUGUUAUUCCUGAAGAAGACUGCACUUCCAGUGAGGAAGAGAUACCCAUCAGCAAGAGGAAGAGGACAAGAUAGGAGAGGGGCAAUGAGCAGGACACACCACGUGCAGACAGACGGGUCAUAAACAAAGCAAACAGAUGGAUCACGUGAUGAACAAACUACAUCUUUCAAAACACUUGGUGCAGACUUCUUACUGUAUAUAAUUUGUAUAUAUUUAUACAUUUCCUCUUUUUGUCUGUGUUGAUUUUUUUUGUUAUUUACUGGAAUGUUUCAGUUGUUGGUCACUCAAAUAAAUACGAUUUUGGCAAA